AUGAACAUUUUAAACACUGGCACCACUAUCUAUCGCAACAAAUUCAGAACAAGACUAUAUCUCCAACUAGGUCCACUUCGAUGCUACUCCACUCAAUCAAUGGAGAGAGUAAUUGGUGUCUUUUCCAAGCUGAUCAAGUCUAAAUGCAAGGGCGGCCGUAAUGCCAGUUUUCUUGUGGAGCAAUUUAUAUUGCAUAACUAUGUUAACACGACCAUCAGUAUCCAAGACAAAAUUGAUCUUAUUCAGCCCAAGUCGUAUGGUAGAGAAAGUUAUAUGAAUCUCCCUAAUGAUUCUAGUGGUGCGCAGUUGUGGGAGCCAUUUCAUCGAUUUGCUCAUUUGAACAAUGAUUUGGUGGAAGGUCUUGAGGUUUUACUUGGCUCUCUUUGUUUCCUUGAUUUUGUUGAAGUAAUGAAGGAAUAUGAUGCGACUGCCCACGACUCAUCUGUACCAAUCGUCAAACAGCAGUCACAAAACAGCUCAACAGGUUGCCAAACACAAUCUACAUAUGCAGUAAUAAGUGUCAAUGAUAUUCAUCAUCAAGUUGGUCUUAUACAAUACCCACCAAAUGCAAAUCAGUUCUAUAUUGUUUCAACAACAAUCCAUAUCAAAUUAUCAAACGUCGAUUUGUCCGAGUGGUUAAGGAGUGUGACUAGAAAUCACAUGGGUUCUGCCCGCGAUGCCGAUUACACAGAAUUCUCUUUUGAGAAUGAUGACCGAAGUGAUUUCCUUUUGCUCACAAAAGAAUUAGAAACCACAGCUUAA